AUGGCUACCGAGCCUAGUCUCAACGAAUUGCUGGGUCUCGACCCAGUCCCCGAGCUGGUUCACAACCCAGCCGAGUUCAGCGAGUUCCUCAACUUUGAGGACUUCUCCAACCCUCAGUCUCACACCGGAAGCUCUCCCAACACAAUCUCAGUCAACCACACCCCCUCGCCCCACUCCUUCGGACCGUCGCCGCCGCAGUACCAGGCCGGUGACUUCACUUUCGACUUCUCCGACCAGCAGCAGAAGUACCAGCCCCAGUUCGCCGGACCCUCGACCGUUCCUCUCCAGUACCAAGACGUGAACGUCAAGCAGGAGCCUGCCGAGUACCUGCAGCAGCGUCACCUCAUGGCUGCCCAAUACCAGCAGCAGCAGCAGCAGAUGGCGCAGCCCCAGCAGCAGAUGCCCCAGCAGCAGCAGGUCCAGCAGCCCGCCAUGGCCGCGAACAACCAGCAGAACCUGCCGAUGGCCCAGCAGGCUGCGCUUCAGCAGCUUCUGGCCAGCUUCGCUCAGUAUGAGCAGCAGUUCGGUGGGCAGCCUGUGGAGGACCCUGCUUCCGCCAUCAACCCGUCGCUUCUCGCCGCCAACUCUCUCACGACUCCAUCAACGCCCGGCACAUCAUCUCUCACGCCAGCUUCCCACGCUGCCUCGUACGCGGGACCAAGCACCGUCCAGAUCCCUCCCGCCCCUGAGUCCGUGGAUGAGCCCCUCAACUCGAUUUCUGAGAGCGAGAUGCCGCCCAGCAGGUCGGCCCGUGCUGCCUCCACUGGAAGCAAUAUGUCGGAGAUUGACGAGAAGAUUGACAAGCUCGUACCGCUGUCUGCCAUUUUCAGCGCUGGUCGCGGAAAGGGUGGAAAGAAGGGCGGCGGCAUGUCGUCUGUCGUCCGCGCGGAGGGCGAGGAGGUCGACGACGAUGAGAGUUGGCGACCUUCGCCCGAGGAGUACAAGAAGCUGAGCAGCAAGGAGAAGCGCCAGCUUCGUAACAAACUCAGUGCUCGUGCCUUCCGUACCCGACGAAAGGACUACAUCGGCACUCUCGAGGCUCACAUCAAGGACCGCGACCAGGUCAUCGACGCUAUCAGUGAGCAGCUCUCUCAGAGCGCCAAGGAGAACCAGGAUCUCCGUCGCGAGCUCGAGAUGCUCAAGGCCAGCACUCAGUGUGUCCUGCACCCUGAAUCCGCUGCCACCGUCGGUCAGUCCCCGGCCAUGCUCACCGCCCUGUCCGAGGGAGAUGGUUCUCGGAACCGAAACCAGGGCCGACGGGCUCCGGCCGUCGGUGUCAACACUCGCAAGGACCUUGCGCCGUUCGACUCUUCCCGCGGCUUCUGGGGCGGCAGCGACUCGCUUGCCGGCGGCAGCACCAUCUGUCACACGGUCAUCACCCCCGAGAUCUGCCUUCCCGAGCAGCCCAACGUCAACCCUCUGCUCAACGCUCUCAACAAGAAGGCGGCUGAGGAGAAGGCUUCGCCUAAGUCUGAGAAGAAGCCCCUCCCCCCUCUCCCCGAGAGGCAUCUCUCCGUCCAGGACGCUGGCGACCGCAAGAUCGAGGGCUCGACUUUCGCCGAGUGGUCCGAGGACACACCGUACAACGUGCGGAGCCUCGACAGCUACCGCAUGCAGCUGUGGUCUCGCCUCGCCCGCGAGGCUGCUGCCGACAAGGCCAAUGUCCCGGCUUCGAUGCGUCCCAAGUUCCUUGUCGACCCUGCCUCGCCUUCCCGACGCGAGGGCAGCGCUUCCGCCCCGUCUUCGGCCGCGACUUCGGUCAGCACGCUGGCUUCGGCCGCCGUGUCUGCCACCGCCACGGUCGCUUCCCGUCUGACCUCGUCCUUCUGGUCUGCGUUCACCGGACCCUCCUCCAAGAUCGACGGCGACAAGCUUGCCGACGUGGUCACUGGCCGCGCCCGCCUCGCCGUCGUUCCCGACACCCGCAGGAGCAGCGUCCCGAACCGUGUCGCGUCUUCCACUGACGACCUCGCCCAUGCCAUGGCCGGUCUCCGCGUUGCCACUGGCGGCUCCAACCCUCGCGAGAGCAUCCGCACUCGCAACGAGGGCCCGCUGAGCUCGAUGACUGGUUUCCUCAAGAACCCGUCGCUCUCGACUCGCGCCGCCUAA